AUGCAGCGGCACUGCCGCAAGGAGCAUAGGUGGGUGAAUGACUGGAAGAAGGGAGGUAACGUGAGGAGGAAGGCGGCAGGGCCAAGGAACAUACCAUGGACAGAGGGGGUCUUGUGCCAGCGCUUCUUCCCAUCACGGGCCGGCCGCCGCUGGUUCCGGGUCAGCCGGGCAGAGGAGGCAGAUGGAGGCACCCGGCCGAGUCCUACAGGGACUCCAGCACACGACAUCAUCGCACGGAUUCGCCAAGAACAGGCCAAACGGGUCAGCGCUUGGGCAGACGAUGUCAUACACGGUGCGAACGACAAACUAGAUGCGAAAUCGUGGCUGGACCACGUUCAAUGGGCAAAGCACUUGGAAGGGCGGUCCAUGACCAAGCUAUGGGAAACGACCGAGCCCAUCACGGAGGAGGAAGAGGUGCUGCAGGCCAUGUGGACGGUGACGGAGAGGGUCUUGGACCAGGCGCGCAAGAUGUCGACGCCCCACAGCGUGGGCAACGCCGUGUUGUUCGAGGUGCAGCGGAAAGAUGCCCACGUCAAGCCGCCCAGGCCGUUCGACAACCGGUUAGAAGACCAGACGUGGGAGCGGUACAAGGGCAUCUGGCGGAGGCUGCUCUGCAUCUGGCACCGCACGCAGGAGAUGGCCGACGACGAGCGGCCGCCGUAUCGGCUGACGGCGAGGCAGCGCGAGCUAUGGGACCGCUUCGAGGCGGUCGUGCGGAGAGAGGGGGCACUAGACGUCGGAGAACCAGCCGACGGACCGACGGAGGCGGAGCGGGCCGCACUCGAGAUGCUAGUCGGCAUUCCGGACCACCCGAUCCGGCGGGGCGACUACCAGAACGUCUUAAUCAGCGGGCUCGCAGUGAUGGGCAUCAGCGAGGAUGGCGGCUGGGUGAAGGUGACCGACUACACGACGAUCUACUCGGCCGUCAUCAAAGUAAGCCGGAUGCUCGUCGUAUACCAGUCAUCCGUCGAGAGGACGGAGGCCGUGGCGGAGAGGGCCAAGCAGAUCGGCGAGGAGGCGGCCGAGGACGAGGUCCGCAGCGUGUUCCAGUACGUGCGCAGCAAGGUGCAGAGGUUCAUGACCCGGACAUCAGGGGCACCCGACGCCGAGCCGACGCCGAUGGACUGGAUCUUGGAGAUGCGCACGAUAGGGUUAAAGAUCCAGUACGACACGCCGAUCGCCGGGUCCGUAGACUGGAUCAUGGAUCAGAUCUCAUUCCGGAGGGCACGCUUCAGCAUGGGCCAGCUGUCGGACAUGAUGCACGGGCUGGUGCAAGAGGCCAGGGAGACGCUCGCCGAGCUGACGAUGAUGACGGGCGGGGGAGAGAAGCCGAGGGAGGCGCUGCCGGCGAUCCCGUGGGCCUCGAUCGAGGACGACCACAGCGAGCAGCGGCCGGGGUACUCGUUCUUACAGGACGACCGCAACGCGUGGACGCAGAAGGGGGAAGGGUGGGUAUUCGGCCGAAUCGGAGCGUCGCCCAGGCUGGCACGACGGUGGGGCGUCGACGGCAGCAGAGCGGAAGACGGCGGGCGGGAGGUGUUCGAGCCGAAGGCGCGGCGGGCAUACGAGCACGCUUUCGGGCAGUUCCGCGAGCGUCUGUGGCUGCUGAUGCACAUGCUCGGCGGCCAACCCGGGCGGGCGACGGAGCUGGCGGGGAUCCGGCACAGCAACACAGUGAACGGAGGGGUCCGGAACGUGUUCGCGCACCACGGCUCGAUAUGCUUCGUGACUGCAUACCACAAGGGCUUCCGCCGGACCGGCCAGGCGAAGGUGAUCCACCGGUAUCUGCCGCGGGAGGUGGGCGAGCUGCUGGUGUGGUAUCUCUGGCUGGUGCUACCGUUCUGGCAGGAGGUACAGGGGGCGGUGCAGGGAACCGGGGGCUACAGCGCAUAUCUCUGGGCCGACGAGAUUCUGGUCGGGGCCAGGGGAGACCAAGACAAGGAGGUGGGUCAGGUGGCGGGCAGCACCGGACGGGACGGCAGCAACGGCAGCAACGGCGGCGGCGGCGGCGACGAGGAGGAGGAGGAGGAGGAGGCGGAGGCGGAGGCGGCUGCGUGGACGUGGAAGGAGGAGCGGGUGUGGACGACGGACCGGUCGCGGCGGAUCAUUCAGCAGUGCAGCAGCCGGCUGCUGGGCAGCCAGCUGGACGUCAGCAUGUGGCGGCACAUCGCCAUCGCCAUCGCUAACCGGUACUUGAACAAGGCGUUCGGGCGACCCAGCGAGGGCAGGCCGGACAAGGACGACGAGGCGGACAACAUCAACAACAGCCCAUGGGAUUUGCAGGCCGGGCACAGCACGAGGCUGGCCGGGCUCAUCUACGCGCAGCUACUGAUGCAGUUCAGCAGCGGGUCCGCGGCCAAGCAGCAGCAGUUCCGCCGGGUCAGCCAGCAGUGGCACCGGUUCUUCGACUUUGGCGCAGAAGAUCGCGAGGCGGAUGCGGGGUCGAAGCCGGGGGGGGGUGAAGCGGGAGGCGGAGCCAUGGAGGCCCGGCUCCGGCGGCAGGGGCGUCUACGGCAGGUCGAUCUGGAGGGGCAGCUCCGGCAGAUGACGGGCGCGCCGGGGGCGACGUUCCGGGGCAACCAGGCGCAGGCGGUGCGGGCCAUCGUCGAAGGGCACAGCCCGGUGGUGCAGAUCAUGGGCACGGGCGGCGGGAAGAGCGUGUCGUUCAUGCUGCCGGCGUUCUGUUCGCCCGACGGGGCGACGAUCGUGGUGACGCCGCUCGUAGCGCUACGGACGGAUCUGCACGUGCGCUGCGCCGAGGCCGGCAUCAGCUCGUGGGUGUGGUCGAGCCGGAAGGCGCCGCGGGCGGCCGCCAUCGUCUUCGUGACGCCCGAGUCGGUGGUCAGCAAGGGGUUCCGCGACUUCGUCUCGCGGCUGCAGGCGAGGCAGGCGCUCGACCGGGUCGUCAUCGACGAGUGCCACAUGGUGCUCGAGGGGAGCGCGGUGUUCCGGCCGAGGCUGCGGGAGAUCGGGGCCGCCGUGCGCGAGUUCGGGGUGCAGACGGUGUGCUUGACGGCGACGCUGGCGCCGGGCGACGAGGCCGCGUUCUUCCACAGCAUGAGGAUGGACCCCCGGCGGGUUCUGAUGUUACGGUCGCCGACGACGCGGAAGAACAUCCGGUACUCCGUCGUCGAGGUACGGGGCAAGGACGGCAGGGGCGGCAGGGACGGCAGGGGCGGCAGGGGCGAGGAGGAGGACGCGGUCGAGGCCAAGGUCUGCGAGGUGGCCGUCGGGUGGCUGGGGCAGCUGCUGCAGGAAGGGGCAACGGGGAAGGCGAUCGUGUAUGCCGAUUCCAUCGAGCGGGUGGAGCGGCUGGGCGAGAAGCUGGGGUACCCGACGUUCUUCAGCGGCGUCGACUCGGUCGAGGGCAAAGCAGCACGGCUCGAGACGUGGCGGCAGAGCAGCGGGCCCGAGGGCGUCAUCGUGGCAACGAACGCGCUCGGGUUGGGGAUCGACGUGCCAGACGUCCGGGUCGUGAUCCACGCGGGCAUGCCGCGCAUGCUGCGGUACUUCGUACAGGAGAGCGGCAGGGCCGGGCGGACGGUCAGCCGAGCGCUUCGGUGGUCGUGCGGCAGGCCGGGAGCGGCGGCGGCGGCAGGCAGCGAUCGUCACCACCGGCAGCGAGGCAGUCGCGUCUCCCCCCCCCCCGGGGGCGGGGCAGGGGAGGGCGACCAGACCGAGCGGCAAAGACGGUUCGACCGCUGGCAGCUCGAGGGAGAACGGAUGCGGGAGGGCGAGGAGGUGGACAGGUUUCUCCGGCAGCUCCCCCGAGUGCAGGACACGUGCGUUCUAUGCCACAGAGACAAGGACAACGACAACGGCGGCCAUCUAAUAUCUCCUAGUCCUAGAGAUCUUCUAAGCUUAAAUAACUAA